AUGCCCAUCCAGACACUGUCACAGGAGGCCGUGACGGCUAGACAGGUGUUCCGCUUCCUGCACCGUGCCGGAGGAAGUGCAGAUGCGCACUACGUUACCGGCAAGUACGGAUGCAAAAAGCAAUUUCUCCUGGAGUUUGAGGGCGGGAAUGUCUUCGAGGCAGAUGGCGAUAAGCUGAAGCUGAAGGGCGGAGCCUUUGCCGUGGCCGCGGCUGCAGCAACGGCUGGGCGCGUGAGCCGAAAGGUCGGCAGAAGGAGCUCGCCGAACCAUUUGCUCACGAAAGCUGGAUUCGCCACCAGGGACGAGCCUGCUAGGCGCCUACAGAAGCGUAUCGAGGGCCUCCUCAUGUGUGCAGGAGACGGAGUACUUCCAUUCAAGGCUGUGCUCCGGGCUUUAGCCCUCAGGCCAACGCAUGGGCUGAACCGCUGGCUACCGCGCGCGGGGCUGCGCAUGGCACCCAACGGGGACCUGUGGGUAGACAGCUACCGCCUCUUCCACUUCAGACUCUAUCGCGCGCUGCGGGCGUCUGCCUUCAUCAUGGAGACUGGUGGGAAGGCGCCACUUCGAGAUCUCAUGGAGUUCCUUUAUCGCCCGCUGGAGCUUCAGGACAUUGAAGAGGUCGAGCUCACGUCCGAGGGGCGUCUCCAAAGCUAUGAGGCGGGGCUCGCCCCUAGCGCUGAGGUAGAAGAGUGGCGGCUCGCCGCGCGGGAACGCUACUGGCGCCGCAGUCCGGAUCAGGAGAUCAAGGGGCUCCUCCCUCGGCCUCCCGAGGAAACUUUGGAGUUCUCGGAUAGCCAGGAGCAGCUAUUUGCAGAGGAGAAGCUGGAGAGAGUGGAUCUGUCUGAAGAGGCAUUGGAGUUUGAGAUUGUCUUGGCGGAGAGGCACGUGGACCCGCCCCUGUGGCUGGAAGCGUGGCUUCGUGAAUACUUCGUGGUGGAGGACGAUAUGGUCUACUUGCCAUUCCUGAAGCCUUGGAAGCCACAUGUAGCUCGGGACCCUGAUGCCGAGCCGCCUCGGAGUCAUACGGAGCAAGAGGCUUUGCUCAUGAACAUCCAAGAAGAGAUGAGGCUGAGAUAUGGGCGGGUGCACGUCGCCACCCUCGGUCCCCUCUUCCCGGGGGCAAAGCGUGGCUGGCUGAAGCGGUUCUUUGACAUCAGCUCCUAUGGCGAUGUUCUGGAGAAGAGCGUCGCGCGCCAGACUCGCGAGGCGAUCGCAGUGGCAGCGCGCGUCCACUACGAAGGCUACACGUCCAUGGAGGCCUUCUACGACUUCGGCAUUGGCCGAGAGUGGCUGAGGAAGUACUUCGUGAUUGACCCUGCGACGAAUGAGCUCAGUUUGGAUCAGGAGCGCUAUACGUCCUGGGAACCGCCACCAAAGGAGCCAGAUGCCCCAGAUCCACGCAUCUACACAAAGCUCGAUGCGCCGCGAGGCUACUUCCGCAAGGGCAAUGGCAAGUAUGCGAAGAUGAAGUACGGCCACCAUGCUGGUGGCAUCCUUUUCUAG